AUUUUAUCCAUAACUGAUAAAAUAAGAAAAAUCUGCAUAACGAGUUAUGUUUCUUUCAGUUUUGUAUUGCGUUUUAAGUUUAAGUUCCGUUGUUUACAGUGUUAAUGUGGAACGGAGAUCUUCUGAAAAUGGUUUUCUGUGGAUAAUUGCCAAACAACUAGACCGACUAGAAAACAGGUUCCUUGACAUGCAGAAACAGUAUAACAGCAGGGGUGCGGAAAUUGAAUCAAUAAAGGAAACAAUACAGAAACAAAGUCCUUCCAUAGUGACGUUUCUAGCACUUCUGAUUUCACCACCUUACGGCUCUAUUGCGGCUCACGCUACCGUAAAGUUUGAAAGAAUAACAGAAAAUAUUGGGAGUGGAUACAAUAGCGGGACCGGGAUUUUUACUGCUCCAAUCAAGGGUCUCUACCAUUUCACAGCUUCAGCAAGGCAAAGUAAAAGUGGAUUUUUGCACUUAGGAUUAUUUCGAAACAAUGCACAAAUGGCAGUUUCUGUUGCAGUUAAUUUCAAUUCUCUAACUAUUGGCGCAACACUAACACUUCAAUCUGGCGAUCGUGUUUACGUCAAAAACGUAUGGGAUCAACCAUCUGGUAUCGUAGGCGCUGGACAAUCCUAUUUUUCUGGUAGUCUUGUGCACAAAAUGUAAAGA